UGAGUGAGCAUGCACAUUAGCAGCUGGAGUGUGUUGUGGUAGCUGCUUUCCUGUGCUAAGCUGAUUUACUUGUUUAAGGUCUGACCUCAUCAUCCUGUCAGUAUGGGUUCCCACCUACACUGUUAGCUGCAGCUUUGCAGCUAGAAAGCUAGAAGUAUUCUCUGUGUAGCACAAGCAGCAGGCAGCGGGGGAGGGGGGGAAACAAGAAAAGGCUGCUCUAGGCACUUGUGCUUUUGUUAGUUCAACAGAAGAGGCAGAGAAACCAGAGAUAACAAAGGCUCCGUUUCCUUUCUGUGAGAGAAGGCUUUUGUCUUUCCUCCUACAACAAUGUCAAUGUCUGGCAAGAAAGAGUUUGAUGUGAAACAGAUCCUACGGCUACGCUGGAGGUGGUUUAGUCAUCCUUCUCAAGGUUCUUCCAACCCUGGAAACUGCCUUCAACAGGUUCAGGGCAGGUUGAAGAACCACUCUCGGGACAGAAACGGACUGAAGAAAAGCAAUAGUCCUGUCCACCACAACAUAUUGCCACCAGUGCCAGGACUGGCCCCUGCCCAUCAAAGAGUACUUCAGAAUUGGCACCCACAGAACCUGAUAGAACAUCUUCGAGCAAAUGAAGAUACUCCUAAAGCAGUUCCAGAGGAGAAUUUGUACAAAAGAGCUUGUGAGAAACACUCACAAGAUUUGGAGAUGAUGGCUGAUGAAAGUACAGGCGAGUCUACUGCCAGAUUACAUACACAAAAUCCUGAAGAAAUGAACCUCAGCAUACCUGAGGAGGAGUUCCAUGCUGUAAACCAUGCAGAGAAAACUCUCCAUAAAAUGCAGAACUACCUGAAAGAGAAACAACUCUGUGAUGUGUUCCUCAUUGUUGGACACCUCCGAAUCCCAGCUCAUCGGUUGGUUCUCAGUGCCAUGUCUGAUUAUUUUGCUGCAAUGUUUACUAAUGAUUUGCUUGAAGCCAAACAAGAAGAGGUCAAGAUGGAAGGAGUUGAUCCUAAUGCACUUAAUUCCUUGGUGCAGUAUGCUUACACAGGUGUCCUGCAACUGAAAGAAGAUACUAUUGAAAGUUUGCUGGCUGCAGCUUGUCUCCUGCAACUGACUCAAGUUAUUGACGUCUGCUCCAAUUUUCUCAUAAAGCAGCUCCAUCCUUCAAACUGCUUAGGGAUUCGAUCAUUUGGAGAUGCCCAGGGUUGUACAGAGCUCCUGAGUGUGGCACAUAAAUACACAAUGGAACACUUCAUCGAUGUAAUAAAGAACCAAGAAUUCCUCCUGCUUCCAGCUAAUGAAAUCUCCAAACUUCUGUGCAGUGACGAUAUUAACGUGCCUGAUGAAGAAACCAUUUUCCAUGCUCUGAUGGACUGGGUGGGGCAUGAUGUGCAGGCUAGGCAACAAGAACUAUCCAGGCUGCUUACUUACAUCAGACUGCCAUUACUUCCACCACAGUUACUGGCAGAUCUGGAAAAUAGUUCCAUACUUACUGGUGAUCUUGAAUGUCAGAAACUUCUGAUAGAAGCUAUGAAGUAUCAUCUCUUACCUGAAAGAAGACCUUUGAUGCAAAGCCCUCGGACAAAGCCUAGAAAAUCAACUGUGGGGGCACUUUAUGCUGUGGGAGGCAUGGAUGCUAUGAAAG